AUGAAAGGCAUUCUCUUUGAUAAAAAGCCUUUCAUAGUCAAAUCAUGGUACCCAAAUAUAUCGUAUGAGAAGUCAAGUCUGACCUCUAUUCCGGUGUGGAUCAAACUACCUAAUCUGGGUGUCAUGUAUUGGACUGCUAAUAUGUUGAGGAAGAUUAUAGGAUAUUUGGGUAAUGUUUUGAAGGUGGACAAUGUCACUCUGACCAAGGCUAGGAUGAUGAUGGGUUUAUCUAAAUCUAAGUCUCAACUACAAGUUAAUGAGGAUGGUUUUAGACCAUUGAGGAAAGCUUUUCAGCCUCGGGUUCGUAUUGAACGUCAACAAGGAGGAAAGAAGGAUAGUGUGGGGCCUACUAUGGACACAUCUCAACAGCCUGGUCAGCAUGCUGGUUCUAUUUUGGGCACGUCUGAUGCUGUUUCUGUUCAGCAACUUGAGACAGCCUCCAAGUCUGUUACUUCACAGCAGCCUGUUCAGCAAGGAGACUUUGUUUUGCAGUCUGUUCAGCAAGGGGACUCUGACUUGGUUCAGCAGAUAGGGCCAGCUUCUGGUCAGGGUGUUGUUACCUCUUCCUCUAAGCAGACUCCUUCUGCCUCUCUGCGUUGGGAGUUGAUCCCAUCGGGGGUGAUGAUUAGUUUUGGUGCAUGGAAUGUAAGGGGUAUUAAUAAGACUAGGAAACACAUAGAGGUAGAUAGAUUCAUCUCCUACCACAAUUUUAGUCUUAUUGGUCUCCUUGAAACCAAAGUAAAGCGUAAAGGAUUGGGGGCGCUUUAUCUUCGUAUGUUUCCUAAUUGGUGUAUUACGACUAAUUUGGCUUGGCAUGAUGGUGGCCGUAUUAUAGUGGGAUGGAAAGGUGAGGAUGUGUACGUGGACAUUUUGAGUUAUCAGAGCCAAUAUAUUCAUGUUGUUGUCUCCCCAAAUAAUGGUGCCGAGUUUGUUUGUACCUUUGUGUAUGGGUGUAUGGUUCUUCCGACAAACAUAAGCGUCAACACAUGCUUUAUGAUCUUCGGGUUAUGA